UUAUAUGCUAUUAUCUUAUGCACUGUUUUGAAGCCCGAUUGUGUUAUCUCUAACCCUAUAAAUAUAACAUGUGACAAGCUUGUGUAUACUUUAUACUGCGAAUGUAUAGCUUCAUCUUAUUUCUAUAAUUCUUAUCAUCUCAUAAUUACGUAAUAUAUAACUAUCUUAGUUCGAAAAAUAAGUUCUGGCAGAAAACAGAUUAAUGUUUUUCACGUUUGUUUACAAAUUUGUAUUAACGGUUUUGUGUUUAUUUUGAAUAGGCAUGAACAGACAUAGAUAGGAUAAACAGAGGUGGCAAAUAUAAAAUCACAUUAUUCAGCAGCUUACAGUAGUUUGUACAUUUAAUUUAAAUUUUUCUUUUGAAAUUAUGGACAAUUCUCCGAUAAUCCCUGAAGUGGCCGAUUCAGUUAAACCUUGGUUAAAAUUCUUGGAAGUGUACAUUAAUGAGCCAGCAAUAAACAAAAGUGUGCGUCAGAUACGUUACUUAGCUAGCACGUUAACAGGGGACAAUAGAAUAGCUUGGUUAUUAAAAGUGAUAAGUUUCAUUGAUUUGACCUCUUUGAGCGGUGAUGAUACAAGCAACAAUGUGGAGAAUCUAUGUAAAAAGGCUGCAACAAUUGUAGAGGAGCUUCCAUUUGAAUGGGGUAAGCUGCUUCACCCAGCGGGUAUUUGCGUUUAUCCCUCUAGAGUAAAGGAUGUACUGGUCAAUUUAAAGAAACUAAAAAAGUCGGGUACGAUUAAGAUCGCUAGCGUGGCUGCUGGAUUUCCUUCUGGACAAUAUCCUUUAGAGACUCGGCUGCAGGAAGUGCGUUGUGCCAUAGAAUAUGGAGCACAGGAAAUAGAUGUUGCGAUUGACCGAUCAUUAGUCUUGAAUCAUGAAUGGAUAGAACUAUAUAAUGAACUGGUUGCUAUUCGUAAUGCUUGUAACGAGAAGGAUAAAAAAAUAUGUUUAAAAGUUAUACUAUCAACAGGAGAACUAUUUAGCUUGAAAAAUGUGUACAAAGCGUCCAUGAUAGCUAUGUUUGCUGGCGCUAAUUUUAUUAAGACAUCUACAGGAAAAGAGGAUAUUAAUGCAACUUUGCCUGUGGGUAUUGUCAUGUGUAGAGCGAUAAAGGAAUAUGAGAGACUGACCUCUGCAAAGGUUGGCUUUAAACCUGCUGGAGGCAUAAAAACUGCACAAGAAGCUCUCGAAUGGAUGGUUUUGAUCAAGGAAGAAUUAGGGUCAGAUUGGUUGACAAAUUGCCGUUUCAGGAUUGGUGCAUCUAGUUUGCUGAAUGAUAUUAUCGAUGAUAUUAAUGUAACAUAUAGCACAGGUGCAACAACUGGUGCAACAACCGGUGCAACAAACGGUAUUACACAAACCGAAGAUUCUAAGAACGAAAAUAAAGAAAAAACUGAAAAAAAAUCUAGAUCUAAAAAAGAUGGUUAGAUCAGGCUAGAACAAUUGAAAGAAAUAUUUUUAUAUUAUUUUUAUAUACGAUUUGAAAUGAUUCUUGGAUUGUAUUAAUCUGAAUUAAUAAAUUUAAAUAGCUUUCAUCUUA